AUGACAACUAGAUACCGUGUUGAAUACGCUCUCAAGGCUCACCGUCGAGAUGCACUGAUCGAAUUCAUCAAGGGACUCCUUGCUGUCCCCUUUGUUCUUCACUCCCAGCCCACCGCAGUAGCCGGAGAUGUGUCCCUCCCCAACAUGGCCAUUGAGGCCCGUCGUCGAUACAGGGAAAUUAUGAAGGAUGUUGAAGAGCUCAUCAAUGACCAUAUCAAUAAUGAGCGUGCCGGCACCCCCGAACGCUCAAAACUCCGCUUCCUCGUACCUUCUGUCGGAACCUUUUUCACUCCACUCUUCCUUGAAGCUGCCUUCGUGGCCCAGGACUCUCGACGGGCAAUUUCAUGCCGUAGAUUUGUCGCGCCGUCAUUCAAUGAUAUCCGACUGAUUCUCAACACUGCACAAAUAAUGUCGCUUACCACCCAAAAUGGUCCCCUCAGACUUGUCACCUUCGACGGAGAUGUGACCCUCUAUGAUGACGGGCAUUGCCUCUCUCCCCACAACCCAGUGAUCCCGCGGAUAAUCCACCUCAUGUCCAAAGGUCUCUGUAUUGGAAUUGUAACGGCAGCGGGUUACACUGAUAGUGCUCGGUAUAAGGAGCGUCUCUACGGCCUUCUUGAGGCGAUCAAUACAUCUCCACUCCUUACAGACGCACAGCGUAAAAACCUUAUCAUCCUCGGUGGUGAAUCAUCUUACCUAUUCAAAUUUGACGCAACCUCAGAUACUCUUCUUUCAGGUGUUUCUCGUGAUGUAUGGGCACUCGAUGAAAUGCGCCUUUGGACAGAAGAAGAUAUCCAAAAGCUCCUUGACAUCGCUGAGACCGCUCUCUUAGAGUCGGUAUCGACUAUGUCACUGAAAGCCACUGUCCUGCGUAAACCACGCGCUGUAGGGAUUGUUCCAAUUGUUGCUGGUGCCAAGUUUGAGCGGGAACAACUCGAGGAAGCUGUGCUUGCCGUUCAAAAGACAUUGGAGCUUAGUGAAGUUGGGCGGAGGCUACCGUUCUGUGCGUUCAAUGGUGGUAACGAUGUAUUCGUUGAUAUAGGCGACAAGAGAUUAGGUGUACUUUGUUGCCAGAGGUUCUUUGGUGAAAUCAAGGGGAGUGAAACCUUGCACAUCGGAGACCAAUUUUUAAGCGCAGGACACAACGACUUUAAGUUUGGACGAGUUGCACGAUUUAUUAGAGAAUGGAAUGGCAGCUGA